UGCCGUGGAGACGGAGCUGCGCUGUGUGGAUGCAGCCAAUCGCUAAGGGGCGGCCUUGGCUGUCUAGCGGCCCAAAGGGCUCACCGGAGCGACGCCGAGAUGAUGCUUUCAAGAGCCAAACCUGCCGUAGGCGGGGAACCAACGCACACUGACAAAAGAAAGAAGAAAGGUAGGAAGAUUCCAAAACUGGAGGAUCUACUUGCACAAAGGGAUUUCACUGGCGCUAUUACCCUAUUGGAGUUCAAGCGCCAUGUUGGGGAACAAGAAGAGGACACUGAUUUGUGGAUUGGAUACUGUGCCUUUCACCUGGGUGACUACAAGAGAGCUUUGGAGGAAUAUGAAAAUGUAACAAAAGAGGGAAACUGUAGCCCUGAGGUAUGGGUGAACCUAGCCUGCACCUACUUUUUCCUUGGAAUGUAUAAACAAGCAGAAGCAGCUGGAUUUAAAGCUCCAAAAAGCCGACUCCAAAAUCGCCUGCUGUUCCAUUUGGCUCACAAGUUUAGUGAUGAGAAGAAGUUGAUGGGCUUUCAUCAGAAUCUUCAGGAUGUCACAGAAGACCAGCUCAGUUUGGCCUCAAUCCACUAUAUGCGAUCUCACUACCAAGAAGCUAUUGACAUAUAUAAGCGAAUACUGCUGGAUAACAGGGAGUACCUUGCCCUCAAUGUGUACGUGGCGCUCUGUUACUACAAGUUAGAUUACUACGAUGUGUCUCAAGAAGUUCUGGCUGUUUACCUUCAGCAGGUUCCUGAUAGCACCAUCGCACUCAAUCUGAAAGCCUGUAAUCACUUCCGUCUUUACAAUGGCAAAGCAGCUGAGGCAGAACUCAAGAGCCUGAUGGAUAACGCCUCUUCACCCUUUGAGUUCGCUAAGGAACUCAUCAGGCACAAUCUGGUGGUUUUCCGAGGAGGUGAAGGGGCUUUGCAGGUUUUACCGCCUCUGGUUGAUGUCAUUCCUGAAGCUAGGCUAAACCUAGUGAUUUACUACCUUCGUCAAGAUGAUGUGCAAGAAGCUUAUAAUUUGAUUAAGGAUCUAGAACCCACUGCCCCUCAGGAGUAUAUUCUCAAAGGAGUUGUCAAUGCAGCCCUUGGCCAAGAAAUGGGUUCGAGGGAUCAUAUGAAAAUUGCCCAGCAGUUCUUCCAACUAGUGGGAGGAUCAGCCAGUGAAUGUGAUACAAUACCAGGGAGGCAGUGCAUGGCUUCCUGUUUUUUCCUGCUUAAACAAUUUGAUGAUGUCUUGAUUUACCUCAACUCAUUUAAGAGUUACUUCUAUAACGAUGACAUCUUUAAUUUUAAUUAUGCCCAAGCCAAAGCGGCAACAGGCAAUACCAGUGAGGGUGAAGAGGUGUUCCUCUUGAUUCAAAAUGAGAAGUUAAAAAAUGAUUACAUUUACCUCAGUUGGUUAGCUCGGUGCUAUAUCAUGAAUAAGAAACCAAGAUUAGCCUGGGAGCUUUAUCUCAAGAUGGAAACUUCUGGCGAGUCCUUUAGUCUACUACAGCUUAUUGCUAAUGACUGUUACAAGAUGGGCCAGUUUUACUAUUCAGCCAAAGCUUUUGAUGUCCUAGAGCGGCUGGAUCCCAACCCGGAAUACUGGGAAGGCAAAAGGGGUGCCUGUGUGGGCAUUUUCCAGAUGAUCUUAGCUGGGAGAGAACCCAAAGAGACCCUUCGAGAAGUGCUCCAUUUAUUGAGGAGCACAGGUAACACCCAAGUAGAGUACAUCAUCCGAAUCAUGAAGAAAUGGGCCAAAGAAAACAGAGUGCCAAUCUAAAACCAUCCCAACCCCAAGGACCAGCUUCCACUCUGACAGAAAACUGGGACUCAUUUUCCUCAAGUUGAUUAUGAUACAGGUCUCUAUUUGGUUGACAUUUUCAUCCUUGCUCUUCAAGCCUCAAGGUCAGUGACUGACUUGCUUAGAGCUAGCCAUUUGGCUAGACAAUGUCCCACAGUCUAUGCUGUAGCCCUGUAUGAUCCUUCUAGCAAUAAGACUUUGGAUUUAUCUGGUGCCUUUCUUCCAAAACUACCAUGUAAUUUACUGACUCUGAGGAGAACAUCAUAGCUUUUUUUCAUGUUAGCAUUUCAUAAAAAUUUCUUCUAGCUGCAAUAA